AUGAAAAAAUAUGCGAACGCCCUCCCCUCGAUGGAAUUCUCGCCAAUAUGUAUCGAGGUUGUACCGAUGGACCCCAACACCCUUAAAUUUCUUGAGGCAAUAUGUAAAAUGAUCAGCGUUCAGAUCAGGCGACAGCAGGGAACUAAAGCAGAUAUACCCGCCGUUAAGGAACCAGCAGGCCUACUAUCUGAAAGCAACUUCAGGCCAGAUGGUUACACCCUGGUACCGUGGUCCCAAGGCUGUUGUUUAUCAUGGGAUGUGACGUUCCCUCACACGUUAGCCGAAAGGUACAUCAAUUACACGGCUAUGGAGUAUGGUUCCGCCGCGGUGAAGGCUGCUGAUUUCAAAAAUACUAAGUAUAAAGAUUUAAACGACAAUACGAGAGUUUUUGUUCCGAUCUGUGUGAAGACAUUUGGCCCAGUGGAUAAACAGACACAAUUAUUUUUUUGA